AGAAAUAACUUUGUCGAUGAGUAUUGUGAUGAAACAGCAUUAUAAUUGAAAUUUGAAGACAAUGGCGUUUCCCUUGAACACUGGUGGAUUUGGCACGGUAAAUACAGCUACUCCUUCGUUUGGGACAACAGCUACAGCUCCGACUUUCGGGUUUGGUACAGCCACAACUACAGCGGGAGCUCAAACUCUAGGUUUCGGAACUGCCACUUCGAACUCGGCGGCCCCAUCAUUUGGAGGAUUCGGCACGACAACAACUGCGGCUCCUACGUUUGGAGGCACAACGGCCCCAACUUUUGGAUUUGGAGGGACCGCCACAACGUCUGCAGCUCCAACAUUUGGUUUCGGAGGAGGACUAGGAACAACUACAUCAGCGACACCGUCUUUCACGGGAUUUGGAACGACAACAACGUCAGCCGGAGGUCUAACACUGGGUGGCAGCACUGGAUUUGGCACGGGAACAGCAACAGGAUUUGGUACUGGUACUGGAACUGCUGGAUUUGGGGGAUUUGGAGGAACGUCAUCAUUUGGAGGUGGUACAUCAGGGUUCAGUCUAGGUGGCACUGGAACAACAGGAACAGGUCUGUUAGGAGGAGGAACGACUGGCACAGGCUUGUUUGGUGUUAAUCAGCAGCAGCAGCAACAACAACAACAGCAACAGAAUUUACAGAGUCUAGAGAACCUUAGUACAGCUAUUACCACACCACAACUUUACGGAGAUGAACGGGAUGCCAUAAUCGCCAAAUGGAACCAACUUCAGGCAUACUGGGGUACUGGCAAGGGAUACUUCAGUCAAAAUGGUUGUGUGACCUUCACCCCAGAAAAUCCUUACUGUAAAUUUAAAGCCAUUGGGUACAGUUGCUUGCCAAAGUCCCGCAAUGAAGAUGGACUUGUAGCAAUCACCAUCAAGAAAAAAGAAUCAGAAGUAUCUGCAGGCCAACAACUGAUAGUGGACUCCCUGUUUAAGAUGCUUGGCAGCAAACCUCAGUAUUCUGUCUGUGUGGAAGGCAUAAGGCCACUACCAGAUGACAAGACAGAACUGGUGAUCUACAUACUGGAGCGUCCUGACCGAGGUCCUGCACGGAGAAUUACAGCCCUAGACACAGCGAACUUCUUAAAACAGAACAAUAUCCUUCCUCAGUUACAAUCCCAAAUCAUGGCAGAGGAUGUCCGUCCAAAGACAGGCUUUACCAAGGAACAGCACAAACAGUAUCUGGACAAUACUCCAUCAGGAAUCCAUCCACUUAUUUGGCAACAAGCCAAGUUAGACAAUCCUGAUCCGGAGACCCUCAUUCCUGUCCCCAUGGUCCGUUUCAAGGAGCUUUCCCAUCGCAUGAAGCACCAGGAACAACAGACAAAGCUACACCACCAAAGAAUGGAUAUGAUAGCCACAGAUCUAACACAGUUGCAGCAGAAACAGGUCAGCAUGCUGGCUAAACUGGAUGAAUACAAACGUAAACAUCUGGAACUUGGUCACAGACUUCUACAGGUUGUAGUAAAACAAGAAAUCUUUAGGAAGAUGGGCUAUGCCAUACAAGCAGAGGAGGAACAGUUACGCGUACAGUUGGAAAAAAGUCAAGCAGAACUUAACCACCCUACACAAUUUAAGGGUCGUUUAAAUGAAUUAAUGUCACAGAUAAGAAUGCAGAACCAUUUAGCAGCCACCAGGACAGAUGUUAGUUAUCAAAUUGAUCCUGCUUUACAGGAUGAAAUCAAACAGUUGCUUAAACAGCAACAGGAAGGUUUGCGUCACCUCAUACAGAUUAUCAAAGAGGAUGGACAGGACUUACAACUUAUAGAACAGAACCUUGAAACUCCUAGCAGGCGGUGACACAUAUUACAAGGGGAGGUAACUGUUACAGAUUAUCAAAGAGGAUGAUCACAGGAUUUACAACUCAAAGAACAGAACCUUGAUAACUCUAGCAGGCAGUGACACAUAUUACAAGGGGAGGUAACUGUUACAGAUUAUCAAAGAGGAUGAUCACAGGACUUACAACUUACAGAACAGAACCUUGAUAACUCUAGCAGGCAGUGACACAUAUUACAAGGGGAGGUAACUGUUACAGAUUAUCAAAGAGGAUGAUCACAGGACUUACAACUUACAGAACAGAACCUUGAUAACUCUAGCAGGCAGUGACACAUAUUACAAGGGGAGGUAACUGUUACAGAUUAUCAAAGAGGAUGAUCACAGGACUUACAACUUACAGAACAGAACCUUGAUAACUCUAGCAGGCGGUGACACAUAUUACAAGGGAAGGUAACUGUUACAGAUUAUCAAAGAGGAUGAUCACAGGACUUACAACUUACAGAACAGAACCUUGAUAACUCUAGCAGGCAAUGACACAUAUUACAAGGGGAGGUAACUGUUACAGAUUAUCAAAGAGGAUGAUCACAGGACUUACAGCUUACAGAACAGAACCUUGAUAACUCUAGCAGACAGGAUUUAUUAUUCACAGAACAGAAUAUAGAUACCCUUACCAGCAGAUUAUGAUACUGGGGAGGUAAUUGGUAUAGACUUAAAAAAGAAUAAAUAUUCCGAUAUAGGGAAGGAUCGAUAGGGUGAAUUACUCAUACUGAUAAACAAAGCAUCAUUGACACUGCAGAUAAUCCAUUGAGAUAAUUAAGUGGGAUCAGAAAAAUGUGAAGAAUACAGUGACAGUAAGUCAAGGAGAGAAGAAAGCGAUAAUGGAAAUGACAUUUAGUAUUCCAGUAGAAGUAAGGCACUGUAUUAUUUAGAGGUGAAAAGAGAAACCAAAUGUCUUUUAUUAACUUUAUCUUUUUAAAAAAAUUCAGUGGACUAAAAUAUUUCCAGGAUUUCUUUAUCAUUUCAAUACCAUUGUGUGAUUCAACUGUUGAAAAAAGGUAUCCGUGAACUGAACAAUCAUAAAAAUUUAAUUGUUUUCUUUAUUCACUUUAAUUUUCAAUGUAUUGUAUUUUUUGGGGGGAGGGGGGAUUAUUAUGUCAUUGAAAAUAGUGAAAAAUAUCUUGAAAAUUUUAUUAUGUUGGGAUGUAUAUUGGUGGAGCAGGGAGAUAACUUGUGGCAUCAAACAUACCAGGAAUGUAAGAAGAGAAGGCAGAUCCUGUACAACCAUCUGUAACACAGAUGUACACUAAUAAAAACAAAGUCCUUCAUAAUUUUCUUCAUCUGAGAGAAAUCAUGGAUGCCUGUAUUUAUGUAUCAUGUUUCUAGGGAGAUUGCCUAAUAGUGACAUCCAUAUUUCAAGGAGGCAAUGAUUGGAAUCAUUUUAGUGCUACAUCAUAAAGGGGAAAGUAUGACAGACAUUUGUUGAAAUUAUUGUUUUGAUAUGAAAAUUAUUAUCUGAUGUAAAAAACA